AGUGUAUGCAUGCAUAUGCAUACACACACGACGUGUUGUUGAUAACUAAAGACUUCUUAUUUAUAUUUUGAAUACCUCAAGUUUUCAAGCAUCUGGCUUUAAAAAUAUCUUUCAAGUUGUAGGAGCUAUUUAGGCAUAUAUUAGGAAAACUGAAUGCAUUCUGGAAAAAAAAAAUAGGUCCCUGAGAUUUCCUUUUAACAAUACUUUUGAAGCACAGAUAAACUUACUUCCUGUCUCUCAGUUUCCUGUAUCCAUGGCAACCCCGUUUUACACACUGACUGUAGAGGAACCAGUGUGAAGAGUGGCGUUUCCUGAGCAAGCUGUGACUUUAAAAUUCAAAAGAGGUGGUGCAGUGGAGGUCAGCAGUGGCCCAGAAAGAAACUGAGCUAAAGAACGGCGCUCUUCAAAGUUAAAACAAAAGUCUUUGCUUAAGAAAGACAAGUGGUGAUAUGAUUUUCUUUUUCUUGAAUUACAUCCAAGGGUCCCUAAGCCAUUAUCUUCAUUGAUUCAUCUUCAGGGAAAUUCCAAUUUUGUGAACGCAAACUUUUGGGUCUUCGAGACUGGCUAGCCUCUUCAGCCAUUGCUGUAAACAUCUGUUGUCAGAAUCCCCUAUCUAUGUGGGGCACAGCAUUAUGUUAUAUUAAAUGGACUGACAUUACAAAUUGCACUUUACCUUCGACAAAUAUAUCCAGAGCUUGGGCUGUAAAAUCUCUUCAUAUUCAUCACGAGACCACUGCACUAAUGAUGGCCUGGCAUAAAGUAACUGCAAGUGGAAAUCAUUUGGAAAACACUGUGACCGAGAGCAUUACCGUCUGGGAGCGGAUUCGUGCUUCAUCUGCCACUAGGUUUUUUCAAGAGAAUACAUUUGGUAAUGCAUUAGAGACGACCACAGUUUUACCUGUGCAAAUACAGCCUACUCCUGUUAACUUGAACUUGGAGAAAACCAGUGCUCUACCAACUGAUGCCUCUUCUGUGUCAGGAAAAAUAUCUCUAAUUUGUACCCAAGAAGUUGAGAAGUUGAAUGAGGCAUUUGACAUUUUGCUAGCUUUUUUCAUCUUAGCUUGUGUUUUAAUCUUUUUUUUGAUCUACAAAGUUAUUCAGUUUAAACAAAAGUUAAAGGCUCUAGAAAACUCAGUGGAAAAUAGACUUGAGUAUUACAGCUUUUAUCAAUCAGCAAGGUAUAAUGUACCUACCUCAGUUUGUAAUACCUCCCCAAAUUCUUUGGAAAGUCCUGGCUUGCAGCAGAUUGAACUUAAACAAAUUGUUCCUGAUAACGAGGCACAGGUCAUUCUCUUUGAACAUUCUGCUUUAUAACUCAACUAAAUAUUGACUGUAAAAAGCCCUGUAGUGCCAUGUGGACAUAAAGGUCAACCCUUCCUAUAGAUUAUAUACAUUACUUGGAAACAUAAUAAAUUAUGUGAUGUUAGAAUUAUUUAAAUGCUUAUUGGUAAUUUGAAUAAAGUGUAUUUAUUCUGCAUAUAUUUUCUUUGAUAUUGUAACAGGAUAAGCAGCCAACUUUCUGGGUACUGAGCAUCAUGUUAAAUGCAUCAUAUGUCACAAAUAAUGUUUAUUUCUUAAGUCUUAUAAGAUUGUACUGUCUUAUUUAAAUUAUAUAAGAGGAAAAAUAGGAAGAGAGAGCUCAAGUAAUUUUCCACAAUUCUCAUGUCUUAUGACAUGUUGUCUUUUUUACUUGAGCUGAAGUUUUUAAUUUUAUGCUUUGUUGCUGCCUAGACACUAGGAGUAUAAUUUUGAAAAAUUAGAUAUGAUUCCUAUUCUUAGUAAAACUUGAAUCUAGAAGAAGACGCAUGAUUGCUAUGUAGUAUGCUAAGUGCUGUUCUUGAUAGCACUUUUGUGUGUAUGUGGUGACAAAGCAUAACUUUAUGAAAAAUAAAAGAGACGCUAAAACUAUCAUUCUGGGCGUGGUAGCACACGUCUCAAUGCCCAAGCAGCAGAAGCAGGAAGCUUUCUGUGAAUUAUAGGCUGGCCAGGGAUGCAUUGUAAGGGUCAUGUGUCAAAACCAAAACUGAACAACGCCAACAACAAAAAUCCUUUUAUCAUAAAACAUCGAGAUUAACCCAGUGAAGAAAGCGGUCAGAGAGGUUACCAUGUAGAGCAAGAAAGAAUACUGUUUUCCAUGACCAAAAUUCAGUACACUUAGAGUUGCUUAGGUAGUAAGAGAUUUGCAGUAGAAGAGAGAGAUCGAUGGAUUAAAGCUAUUAUAAUCUCAUGCUUUAUUCUGAGGGCCACCAGGAGCCCUUGAGGAAUUUAAGUGGUGGAGAGACACUAUGGGAUUAGACCUGUUGUAGAAAAAGUUGACUCUUUAUGGAGGGAACAGAAUUAACUGGAUAAGAAGUAGAACCAUUAACCCAGGUGGACAUGCUGGAGGCCUGUGCCAGUGUAGUGGGUAGGAUGGAUCAGGAACUAUUCUGGAAGUCAAAGGAUCUGCUUUCGUGAUUGAUUGAGGUGUGGCAGGUAAAGGAGAAAUAAGAAAAAAUGUUCUGCUUUGCCAUAGGCUAUUCUGUGCCACAGUCUGGGAGGUGAGUGGGUCAACAUGAUUCAGUUUUGAAUUGAUAGAAUUCGAGAUUCCUGUAUAUUUGAUGUCCAUGUUUAAAUACCUGGCAAGUAGAUGUUCAGGAUAAGGUUUGUCUAGUAAAUCCAUUUCAGUUUACCAUAUAACACAUUCAAAGUAAACAUUUGCUACCAAAAUUACAAGCACUUAGGCCAUAAUUUUGCAAAACAGGUAAGCAAGGAAGAUUAGAACUUUAGCUUUUAGACUCUUUAAUAUAGACAUUUAUUAAUAAAUCAAGUAAUGCAGUGCUUUUCUAUAUUAGUACACAUUUGUAGUUUUGUACCACUCUGUAUAAUAUUAAAAAAAUAUGUGUGUCCUUCCUCUUGACCCAAGUUUUAUAUUUUUUUAAAUUAAUUCAUUAAAAAUGAAUAUUAGCCGUGUGGUAGUAUUGUAAAGCAUUCUGGAUGUUUAACCAAGUAAUAAUUUUAACUUCUUUUAUACAUGGGGAUACUUACAAGAAGCAUUAUUGUGCAAUGCCUUACUAUGGGUUCUCAAUCUCAGACCCGGCUAGGUGUCUGCUUAUCCCUGCCCUGUUUCUACCACUCUCUCUCAGAUUGAGUGGGUGUGGAACAAGCUUGUUAGUUUUCAAGUUUUGUUUUGAGACAGGGUCUUACUGUGUAGACCAGGCUGGCAAAGUGUUGAGAUUAAAGAUGUGUGCCAACAUGCCUGUCUAGUGUUCAGUUUUAACGAGUUUGCUGAUAACUGCUGGUUGGGAAACCGUGUGUUGAGAACCACUGCAUAAAGAUAUGUGAGGAGUUGAAGAUGCAGUAGAAAGUGGUAACAGAGCCGGGAGGUGGCUCGGGGUGAAAGUGCUUGCUCUGCAAAGCAUAAGGGUCUGGGUUUGAAUCCUUAGACCUUGUAAAAGCAUCAGUACGUGUAAUCCCUGAGCUCUUGUGGAGGAUGGGAAGCAUAGACACAGUAAACCCUGCAGGUUUCUAGGGUUGCUAGCCUGGUACAAGUAGUGGAAAAUAACCAAAGAGAUUCUGUCUCAGACAAGGUGGAUGGUGAGGAUGGAUGACUCAGGUUGUCUUUUGUCCUCUGCGUGUAAGACACACAUUCACUUAUAAAAGACGAUAAUAGUAAUUUCUUCUGUACCCACUCCUGAGUUCUCACUGUUAGGUUCUUUUUGCCUAACUUGUGAUUUCAGGGUGGGGGAUGAUUAUAGUAAAAAACAAACAAAAACUCUUUAUUUUCUUACAUUCUUUGUGACUGAAAUGAAGGUUUUUUUUUGGGGGGGGGGAGCAUUUUUAUUAAUGCUUGCUCUUUUUGUUAAAUCCUCUAGAUUCCUAGUAUUCCCAUUGUUUUCAUUUCAUAACUAAUAGUACAUUUAAUGGAAGGGAAAAUAAAUAGUGCCGCAGUAUGUGUAGUAAAUAGUAAGAGUUUCUUCAUGUCCCCCAAACUGGAACCCUGUCUGUCUUACAGACAUUUGAGAGAAAUAGAAUUGUAUGUUUGGAGCUUAGAAAAAUCUGUAUGAUGGGGCUUUUACUUUGAUCUUAAAAGACUUCAGUAGUAUGAUAUAUAUAUAUUUUACGUAGCUUAGAUUGUGAUUUAGCAGUCUACAAAUGAAGCUAUAAUUGAGCACAUAGGUUUGACGUUGCAUUCAUUUUGUGCUUUGUCAGCAGGUGCUUCCUUUAAAAUUAUUACUCAACUUACUUUUUGAUCUCUUGGCAUUUUAGUUUUAAAAAUAUGAGAUAAUUGAAGUAAUAUGUGUAAUAAGUUUUUUACAACAGUUUCUUUGUUCUUUGUUUUGAGUAGCUUUUUAAAUAAAGCUUACUUUGUCCCUUUUUAUGUAUCUGUAUUUCCUGACCGUUUUUGGUAAGUUCUUGCCUCUACCAUUUAUUAAAUGUUCUUGAUUAGAGUACU